AUGAGCCAGCCUCGCAGACGCACCCAACAGUCGUCAGCCAAGGCUUCCACGGGGCCCGAUCCACUGCAGAGGGGAGAUGAACCCUGGCAGAAGACUGCGAGAAAGGCCCAGUCCUUCUUUCGCUUCCUGGUCCCGUUUCUCGUGACCAUCGGCCGCCUGGCAUACAAGUUCGUCAUCCUGCUCCUGCCGCUGGCCCUCUGGGGGGCCUCCAAGUACCUGACCUGGUGA